UUUUUAUUCCAACUCACACUAACAGGUACCAGCAGAAUAAAAUAAGAGUGCAAACACAUUUAGGUACAGUCUGUUUGUUUCCAGCCCUCAUUACAAUAAGAAUGACAUGAUCCAGUCUGACGCUUUUAUUUAUUUUUUUAAUGACUGAGCAGUCAGAACUAGCACAAGGCAGUAGUUGUCUAUAAAAAAUGAUUCUUCAUCCCACCCGCUUGCUCAAUUUACCCCGAAGCUUCUGGUUCAACUCUACCUACAAUCACCUUUUUGAAAAAAAAAAAAGUCCUUUAACCCUGAACUAAAUAACUGUACUGUACAUGGUGACAAGUAACCUACAUAUUGUUGAAUGUAGAUUGUGUUUUAAGGGUAUGUAUGUCUAAAGGUCUAAAGGUAUGUGGUUGCUGCUGCCUUAUCACCUUCACUUCUAUAUGUGUGAAAUGUGAACAGCAAGAAGCUCCCCUUCAGGUCAGUAAGAGAGCGACAAUAAAGAAAGCCAUGUUUCUUUCCAUUGUAAUAGACUGCAUCAGUAUUAAAUUAGAGUAAGGUCAAAUUAGAUAUUAAAUUAGAUCAACAUUUCAUCAGUUAGGUAAAACAAUGUGUCAUUCACUGUUUGAGAUGAUGCCCCAAACAACUAAUAACCAACUGACAGGAAAUGAUGACAGGAAAUGUCAAUGCUUAAGUAGUUAAACCCCUACAGUGAGAAUACAUCACCAGAUCUUCUCUUCAUUUCUCACAUAUUUGCAAAAGAUGCCUGAAGCUAUUUAUUCAAACACAAUUCCAAGAUCCAUCUCAAGAUCAGCACAUAAACAUGAAAAUAGAAAUUGUUUCGUUGAUCCUAUCUCUAUGGUGGUUUUUCUCUCUGUUCUCCUCCUCCUGUCUCUGCUGGCUAAUGCGGUGUUGGCUCACCUGUAUUAUAGCAAUGGCAUAGACUGGCUAGUAAGUUGUGAGCCAGUAAGGAGCUGUUCAGAUCAAGAUGUUGACCACAAUGCUCAAAUCAAACAGUUCCUUCACAAGGAUAUGGAAAACAGGUCCCAAGCCCAUCACUGUCCUCAAAAAAAUUUCCCAGAGAAGUGGGUCCAGGACAAGGGCAGAUUCUAUGUGUUCUCCAUUGAUGUCAAGGACUGGAACAGCAGCAGACAACGCUGUCAGGAUCUGGGUGGAGACCUGGUCAUCAUCAACAGCAACGAGGAGCAGAAAUUUCUAGCAAAACAAAUACACGCUAUUGGCACACAAACAUUAUAUUGGAUUGGUCUGACUGAUAGUCACACGGAAGGUGUAUGGCUGUGGGUGGAUGAUACCAAGAAUCAUCUUAAUUUCUGGGCAAUGCCUCCUGAUGAUCACAAAUCAGCUGACAAUCCUUUGGGUGAAGAUUGUGUUGUGUUGAAUGGACGAAUGUUCGAGGCACUGUGGGGAGAUGUUUUUUGCUUGAGGACAGAGAGAAGCAUUUGUGAAAUUCCAUGUUCUUAAUAAAUAUUUACUUGA